AGCGUCAUAAUUGGACGCUCAUUCCUCCAGUCAGCUGCAACUGCGACUCACUCAGCUCCAUCACAUCUACGUCUUUUCCCGCGGACUCGGUCUUUCCUUUUUUUUAAAGGAACACUGCUGUUUAUUUACACAUCCUGCAGAAAAACCAGCAUAGGCAAGCUCAAAGCUCUCGGACACCUUUUAUUUCCCCCAGUUGAAUCUCUCUUUCUCAUUCAAUGGCUCCGUGUGUGGUGCUGCUCUGCUCUCUGUUCGGAGUUCUCCUUGGCCAAGGAGUGGAGCAGAUCUCCAUAGAGGACUGCUGUAAAGAUGGCCAGAAGCGUGGCAAUGAUAACGAAGAGUGUGUGUCCCUCUCUCUCAUCUCUGGGUCAGAUACAUGCAGGAUAGUGCAGGAGCAGUGCUGUGUAACAGUGCUUGAGGAUAACAUGUGCACCACUGGUAUCAACAUGGCCAAAGACCAAGGAGCCUGCGACUCUUUAUUCACCAACACCUGCGAGACCAAGACUACAAAGAUGUGCUGUGACUGUUGUCUUCUGGGGAAGGCGACCCAGGAGCAGGGCCUACCCUGUGACCACAACCUGUCCGUGGGCUACCAGUGUGGCCUUGUGUCCCGGGCCUGCUGCGUGGAUGGAGCCCCAGACAACCAGACCACAGCAAAAACUGAAUUACCAAACAAAGAUGAAACCAGUGACAGUGGAGAUAAUUCAGUAUUAAGUGAUCAGUGCAAAGGGAAAUGUGCUCAUAACUGUGUGGGAAAUGGCACUUGUUCCUGUUUCAAAGGCUACAAACUCAAGCCAGAUGGAAAGAGCUGUGAGGACAUCAACGAGUGUUUGCUGGGAGCCAGCAACUGUCGGGGAGGAGAGCGUUGUAUCAACACAGAGGGCUCAUUCCGUUGCCAGAGAGAGGUCAGCUGUGGGACUGGCUAUGAACUCACUGACAACAACAACUGCAAAGACAUUGAUGAGUGUGAGAGUGGCAUCCAUAACUGUGGCCCAGAGUUCGAGUGCCAAAACACACAGGGUUCGUUCCGUUGUCUCCCUAAAGUCAAAUGUGGUGCGGGCUUUAUCCAGGAUGCCCUCGGCAACUGCAUUGAUAUCAAUGAAUGUGUCAGCCAGACGGGCCCAUGCAACCGCGGGCAGAUCUGCAUCAACACAGUUGGCUCGUACAUCUGCCAGAGGAACUCUGUUAACUGUGGUCGAGGAUACCACCUCAAUGAAGAGGGCACACGCUGUGUUGAUAUUGAUGAGUGUAAGGGCCCUGAAAAGGUCUGUGCAGGUCAUGGUUGUAUCAACCUGAUAGGCUCCUACCGCUGUGAGUGUGAGACUGGCUACAUCUUCAACAGCAUCAGUCGGUUUUGUGAGGAUAUUAAUGAAUGCAGGCACUACCCUGGCCGCCUGUGUGCUCAUAAGUGUGAGAACACUCUGGGAUCCUACCAAUGUAGCUGCACCACCGGCUUCAAGCUAGCUGCUGAUGGCAGGAAUUGUGAUGAUUUAAAUGAGUGUGAGAGCAACCCAUGCAGUCAAGAGUGUGCCAACGUGUACGGCUCCUACCAGUGUUACUGUCGCCGUGGCUACCAGCUCAGUGACAUAGAUGGCAUGACUUGUGAAGAUAUAGAUGAGUGUGCCCUGCCCACUGGAGGUCAUAUUUGCUCCUAUCGCUGUCACAACACCCCUGGCAGCUUCCACUGUUCCUGUCCUGUCAGUGGCUACACAUUGGCACCCAAUGGGCGCAGCUGCCAGGAUAUUGAUGAAUGUGUGACGGGAACGCACACAUGCACAGUGAAUCAGAGCUGCUUUAAUGUGCAGGGAGGAUUCAGAUGCUUAUCCUUCGAGUGUCCAAACAACUACCGGCGCGUUGGAGAGACUCGAUGUGAACGCUUGCUUUGCAAUGACUCUGUCGAUUGCCCUGCCAUGCCCCUGAGAAUAACCUACUACUACCUCACCUUCCCCACCAACAUCCCCGUCUUCACCAACAUCUUCCGCAUGGGCCCCUCCCACACCGUGGCCGGCGAUGAUAUCCAGAUUGUUAUCACCUCUGGCAACGAGGGCGGUUUCUUCAAGACGGAGCGGGUUCCCACCGGCGGCGUGAUGUCGGUGGCAAAGCUCAUCAACCAGCCGCAGGACUUCGAGCUGUCUCUGGAGCUAAGGCUGCGUCGCUACGGCACGCUCAGCACAUACCUUGCUAAAGUGCUGGUGUUUGUUACCCAGGAGGAGCCCAGAGUACCUUACAAUCCCCUACUAGAAUAAACACAGGAGUUAACGUAGGGUUACACAAGUUACUACACUCUUAAAAAGGAUGUGUCAUGUUAAAUGCAUCUUCUUGUCGAGAAAAUAAUUCAUCCUCAACAAAAAAUCCAAUGAAGGUGACCAUUCAGUAUGUUUAUAGCAAAGCAUAGUGAUGCAAUGUAGACUACUACAUGUUGUAACAUAUAUGAUUGCAGAACAUACUGCAUAGAUAUAAACAGGUAAAUAUAAAUUAUAUAAUUUCUAAUUGGUGAUUAUUAUUAAGACCAGUAUUCAUCCUUAUAAACACAGAUCAUUUGUUUCUUUCAUUCAUUGAUUUAUCUGAUUAGGUUUAAGCCUGCCUAAAAACUUGGGUAAACUGUAUGAGCUAAUGAUCUGAUUAUGGGCAAAAAUAAGCUGUGGGCCCCUAUGAACCCAAUACCCCUUCCAAUCAGCGAAUUACUAUAAAUAUACAAAUGUAUUUAACAAUGUGGACUUUGUCAAAAAAAAAAACAGCACAUUUUACUUGAUAUUAUGAGAUCUGAGAAGUGCAUAUUCUUAAAGGAAUAGUUUGGGAUAUUAUUUUAGGGAAAACUAUUUUGGGAAAUAGAUGAGAAGAUUCAUACCACUAUCUGUAUGCUAAUUAUAAAGCUACUGCCAGCAGCUGGCUAACUUAGCGCAGCAUAAAGAAUGGAAACAUGGGGAAACUCUAACUCUCAGCAAGAAAGAGAGUGUCAGUAUCUUCAAGUGUAUUUCUUCAAAUGUCAAACUGUUCCUUUUCACAAAUUUCCAAUGUAUCAAAUUACUACAAACCACAGUUACUUUGGGGCUUUCGGGGGGAACUGGUCUUUCAGGAUCCUGGGGCAGAGCUGCCCCCUUUGUCCAACAAAUUAUCCAUCCAUCCAUCGCCAUCCGCUUAUCCGUGGUCAGAAGCUCCAGCAGGGGACCCCAAACUUCCCUUUCCCGAGCCACAUUAGCCAGCCCUGACUGGGGGAUCCCGAGGUGUUCCCAGGCCAGGGUGGAGAUAUAAUCUCUGCUCCUUUCAAUGCAAAGGAGCAGCUGCUCUACUCUGAGUUCCUCACGGAUGACUGAGCUUCUCACCCUGUCUCUAAGAGAGUCACCAAAUUACCCAGCUUUGUCUAUUUCACUCUUUUUUUUCUAAAUAAUUACCACAAAUUUGACUGUUCGACACUAAACGUUUGCUAAAGAUGACACAUUUUUUUGAGAGUUGAUAUGAAAAAAACAAACAAUACAACACACAAAAUCAGAAGAAAAAAAGCACCGUUUUUUUAGUACUGUAGCAUUUUACAUAAUCAACGUUUUAACACUAGAAUUAGGGAUAAAUUAGUUCCAACUGAAUGAAUCUUCUUGGAGGUAAAGCAUGUGAUAGCCACUAGGUGGCGUUCUCAGUCAGGCUAAAUCAUAAAAUAGUAACGACCCAAGUCUGCCUACAACUGAGUGUAAUUUGAUGAUGGUUGCAUGAUAAAGUCUGACGUUUUGCAGUACUUUAUGGUUUAUGUGUUGGAUGAACAGUUUUCUAUUAAAAUUGAAAUAGAAAUAACA